AUGGAGCGGCGGCGGCGGCGGGGCGUCCCCGGGGGCUGGCCCUGCCUGAUGGCCGCCCUGGGUGCCCUGCUGGCGGCGGGCCGGGCGGCCGCCCCACGCGCCCGCUUCUCGCCCUUCUUCUUCCUCUGCACCCACCACGGCGAGCUGGAGGGCGACGGCGAGCAGGGCGAGGUGCUCAUCGCCCUGCACAUCGCGGGCAGCCCCGCCGCCUACGUGCCCGGCCAGGAGUACCACGUGACAAUUUCGACAAGUACUUUCUUUGAUGGCUUAUUGGUGACCGGGCUCUAUACAUCUACCAGUGUUCACACUUCCCAGAGCGUUGGUGGUUCCAGUGCUUUUGGAUUUGGAAUUAUGUCUGACCAUCAGUUUGGAAACCAGUUUAUGUGCAGUGUGGUUGCAUCACACGUGAGCCACCUCCCGACUACAAACCUCAGCUUUGUUUGGAUCGCUCCACCUGCGGGGACGGGCUGUGUCAACUUCAUGGCUACAGCUACUCAUAGAGGCCAAGUUAUAUUCAAGGAUGCCUUAGCACAACAGCUGUGUGAACAAGGAGCCCCGACAGAAGCUCCCUUACGUCCUCACCUAGCUGAAAUGCACAGUGACAGCGUUAUCCUACGAGAUGACUUUGACUCCUACCAUCAGCAAGAAUUGAAUCCUACCAUGUGGUCUGAAUGCAGUAACUGUGAGGUUGGAGAGCAGUGCGGUGUGAUAAUGCACGGCAACGCCGUCACUUUCUGUGAGCCAUAUGGUCCCAGAGAACUGACCACCACUGGCCUUAAUACAACAACUGCAUCCGUCCUUCAAUUUUCCCUUGGAUCAGGUUCAUGUCGCUUUAGUUACUCAGAUCCCAGCAUCACCGUGUCCUACAGUAAGAACAGUUCUGCAGAUUGGACUCAGCUGGAGAAAAUCAGUGCUCCUUCCAACGUCAGCACAAUCAUCCACAUCUUGUACCUUCCUGAAGAUGCUAAAGGCGAGAACAUCCACUUUCAGUGGAAACAAGAUUAUGUUAAUCCUGGUGAUGUAUAUGAAGCUUGUUGGGCGUUGGACAACAUCCUGGUAAUAAAUGCUGCUCACAGAAAAGUUGUGUUAGAAGAUAAUCUUGAUCCUGUGGAUACUGGCAACUGGCUUUUCUUUCCUGGGGCCACAGUUAAGCAUAGCUGCCAGUCGGAUGGAAACUCCAUCUACUUCCACGGGACAGAAGGGAGCGAGUUCAAUUUUGCCACAACCCGGGAUGUAGACCUCUCCACGGAGGACACCCAGGAGCAGUGGGCGGAAGAGUUUGAGAGCCAGCCUAAAGGGUGGGAUAUAUUUGGAGCCGUCAUUGGUACUGAAUGUGGGACCCUGGAAUCUGGCUCAGCUAUGGUAUUUCUCAGAGAUGGAGAAAGAAAAAUAUGUACUCCCUACAUGGACACAACAGGUUAUGGGAACUUGAGAUUUUAUUUUAGUAUGGGAGGGACUUGUGAUUCUGGAGAAUCCCAUGAAAAUGAUGUCAUACUUUAUGCCAAGAUUGAAGGCAGGAGAGAACACAUACCUCUUGAUACCCUGACCUAUGCUGCUUACAAGGUUCCAUCUUUGGUUUCUGUUGUCAUUAGUCCGGACCUACAGACUCCUGCAACCAAGUUCUGCUUGAAGCAAAAGAGUCACCAGGGCCACAACAGGAAUGUUUGGGCUGUGGAUUACUUCCAUGUCCUUCCAGUGCUCCCUGCCACAGUGACUCACAUGAUUCAGUUUUCCAUCAAUCUGGGUUGUGGAACUUAUCAACCUGGUAACAGCGUCAGCUUGGAGUUUUCAACCAACCAUGGUCGCUCUUGGUCCCUGCUCCACACCGAGUGUUUGCCUGAAAUAUGUGCUGGGCCUCACCUCCCCCACAGCACCAUCUACGCCUCUGAAAAUUACAGCGGGUGGAAUCGAAUAACUACUCCCCUUCCCAAUGCUGCAUUAACAAGUGACACCAGGAUUCGAUGGAGACAAACAGGACCAAUCCUUGGCAAUAUGUGGGCAAUCGAUAAUAUUUAUAUUGGUCCAUCUUGCCUCAAAUUCUGCUCAGGGCGAGGACAGUGUACUAGAAAUGGCUGCAAGUGUGACCCUGGCUUCUCAGGGCCAGCGUGUGAGAUGGCAUCGCAAACCUUCCCCGUGUUCAUCUCAGAGAGCUUUGCCAGCUCCCGCCUCUCCUCCUACCACAACUUUUACUCCAUCCGAGGGGCUGAGGUCAGCUUCGGCUGCGGGGUCCUGGCCAGCGGUAAGGCCCUGGUCUUCAACAAGGAUGGAAGGCGCCAGCUCAUCACCUCCUUCCUUGACAGCUCCCAGUCGAGGUUCCUGCAGUUCACGCUGCGCCUGGGCAGCAAGUCAGUGCUGAGCACCUGCAAAGCACCUGACCAGCCUGGGGAAGGAGUGCUGCUGCACUACUCCUAUGACAAUGGGAUUACCUGGAAACUACUGGAACACUAUUCUUACCUCAACUACCAUGAGCCAAGAAUCAUUUCUGUGGAGCUACCUGAAGAUGCAAGACAGAUUGGCAUUCAGUUCAGAUGGUGGCAGCCGUAUCACUCUUCUCAAGGCGAAGAUGUGUGGGCAAUUGAUGAAAUCAUCAUGACCUCUGUGCUUUUCAAUAGCAUCAGUCUGGACUUCACCAACCUAGUUGAAGUCACACAGUCUCUGGGGUUCUACCUGGGAAAUGUUCAGCCCUACUGUGGACAUGACUGGACUCUUUGUUUUACAGGAGAUUCGAAGUUAGCUUCUAGCAUGCGCUAUGUGGAGACCCAGUCUAUGCAGAUCGGAGCUUCGUAUAUGAUACAGUUCAACUUGGUGAUGGGCUGUGGUCAGGCAUUUACUCCUCAUAUGGACAACCAGGUGAAACUGGAUUACUCCACCAACCACGGCCUCACAUGGCAUCUUGUUCAGGAGGAAUGUCUUCCCAGUAUGCCGAGCUGUCAGGAGUUUACAGCAGCAAGUAUUUACCACUCCAGUGAAUUUACUCAGUGGAGGAGAAUCACUGUCCUUUUACCACAGAAGACUUGGUCCAGUGCCACACGUUUCCGCUGGAGUCAGUGCUACUACACAGCCCAAGACGAAUGGGCCUUAGACAACAUCUACAUCGGACAGCAAUGUCCCAAUAUGUGCAGUGGACACGGCUGGUGUGACCAUGGUGUUUGCAGAUGUGAUUCAGGGUUCCAGGGUACUGAAUGUCAGCCUGAAAAUCCCCUUCCUUCAACUGUCAUGUCUGAUUUUGAAAACCCAGAUGGUCUGAAGACAGAGUGGCAGGAAAUUAUUGGAGGAGAGAUUGUCAAGCCUGAAGAAGGCUGUGGGGUAAUCUCAUCUGGCUCCUCGCUCUACUUCAACAAGGCUGGAAAAAGACAGCUGGUAAGCUGGGAUUUGGACACCACCUGGGUGGAUUUUGUCCAGUUUUACAUCCAGAUAGGAGGAGAGAGUUCUUCAUGCAAUAAACCAGACAGCAGAGAAGAAGGUGUGCUGCUGCAGUACAGCAAUAAUGGUGGUAUCAACUGGCAGCUACUAGCAGAAAUGUAUUUCUCUGAUUUCAGCAAACCCAGGUUUGUUUAUCUGGAGCUGCCAGGUGCAGCAAAGACACCUUGCACAAGGUUUCGCUGGUGGCAGCCCGUGUUUUCAGGGGAAGGGUAUGAUCAGUGGGCCAUCGAUGACAUCAUCAUUUUGUCAGAGAAGCAGAAGCACAUCAUUCCUGUCGUUAAUCCCACUUUACCACAGAACUUUUAUGAAAAGCCAGCAUUUGAUUAUCCUAUGAACCAAAUGAGUGUAUGGUUAAUGUUGGCCAACGAAGGGAUGACCAAAAAUGAAACUUUCUGCUCUGCCACCCCAUCUGCCAUGCUCUUUGGCAAAUCGGACGGAGAUCGGUUUGCAGUGACUCGAGAUUUAACUCUGAAGCCUGGAUACGUCCUGCAGUUCAAGCUCAACAUUGGUUGCACCAACCAGUACAGCAGCUCUGCUCCUGUUCUGCUCCAGUACUCACAUAAUGCUGGGCUUUUCUGGUCGCUGGUGAAGGAGGGCUGCUAUCCUGCAUCUCCAGGCACGAAAGGAUGCGAGGGAAGCUCCCGGGAGCUGAGCGAGCCAACUGUGUAUCACACAGGAGACUUUGAGGACUGGACAAGAAUUACUAUUGUUAUCCCCAGGUCACUUGCAGCCAGUAAGACCCGAUUCCGCUGGAUCCAGGAGAGCAGCUCCCACAAGAGUGUGCUUCCCUUCGGCUUGGACGGCGUUUACAUUUCUGAGCCUUGCCCCAACUACUGCAACGGUCAUGGGGACUGUGUCUCAGGGGUCUGCUUCUGUGACCUGGGCUACACAGCAUCACAUGGAACCUGUGUGUCUAAUGUGCCUAAUCACAGUGAGAUGUUCGACAGGUUUGAGAGGAAGCUAAGCCCUCUCUGGUACAAGAUAACAGGAGGUCAGGUUGGUGCAGGCUGUGGUGUGCUCAGUGAUGGAAAAUCUCUGUACUUCAAUGGACCUGGCAAAAGGGAGGCGAGGACUGUUCCCCUGGAUACCACAAAUAUCAGACUAGUUCAAUUUUAUGUACAAAUUGGAAGCAAGGCUGUUGGUAACUCCUGCAACAGACCAAGAGCCAGGAAUGAAGGGCUUGUUGUUCAAUACACAAAUGACAAUGGGAUCACCUGGCAUUUGCUGCGAGAGCUGGACUUCAUGUCGUACCUGGAACCUCAGAUUGUUUCAAUAGACUUACCUCGGGAGGCCAAAACCCCCGCCACUGCUUUCCGCUGGUGGCAGCCACAACAUGGGAAACAUUCAGCUCAGUGGGCUUUGGAUGAUGUCCUUAUAGGGAUGAAUGACAGCUCUCAGACUGGCUUCCAGGAUAAAUUUGAUGGAACUGUGGAUUUACAAGCAAGCUGGUACAGAGUACAAGGAGGUCAAGUAGACAUUGACUGCUUGUCUAUGGACACAGCUCUGAUGUUCAGUGAAAACAUUGGAAAACCUCGUUAUGCCGAGACUUGGGACUUCCAUGUAUCAGCCUCCACUUUCUUGCAGUUUGAGCUGAGCAUGGGCUGCAGCAAGCCAUACAGCAAUUCUCACAGCAUUCACCUGCAGUAUUCUGUAAACAACGGGAGAGACUGGCACUUGGUAACAGAGGAGUGUGUUCCUCCAACAAUUGGCUGUCAGUACUACACCGAGAGCUCCAUCUACACUUCAGAAAGAUUCCAAAACUGGAAGAGAAUUACAGUCUACCUCCCACCUUCGACCAACUCUCCCAGAACACGGUUCAGAUGGAUUCAAUACAACUAUGCUUCUGGUGUUGAUUCCUGGGCUAUUGAUAACGUGGUCCUAGCUACAGGAUGCCCCUGGAUGUGCUCAGGCCAUGGCAUUUGUGAUGCAGGUCAUUGUGUGUGUGACAGAGGCUUUGGUGGUCCGUACUGUGUCCCUGUCAUUCCUCUGCCAUCUGUCCUGAAGGAUGAUUUCAAUGGCAACUUGCAUCCAGACCUUUGGCCUGAGGUCUAUGGUGCUGAGAGGGGAAACCUGAAUGGUGACACCAUCAAGUCUGGAACAGCUCUCAUUUUUAAAGGGGAAGGACUGAGAAUGCUUGUUUCAAGAGAUCUGGAUUGCACUAAUACUGUGUACAUCCAGUUUUCAUUUAAAUUUAUUGCUAAAGGCACCCCCGAGAGGUCUCAUUCCAUCCUACUGCAAUACUCUGUCAACGGUGGUAUCACUUGGCACCUGAUAGAUGAGUUUUACUUCACACAGACUACAGAUGUCCUCUUUAUUAAUGUUCCUCUGCCCUACACAGCACAAAGCAACGCAACGCGUUUCAGGCUCUGGCAACCUUACAAUAACGGCAAAAAAGAAGAAAUCUGGAUUAUUGAUGACUUCAUUAUUGAUGGAAAUAAGCUAAAGAAUCCCAUGAUCCUUUUGGAUACAUUUGACUUUGGUCCCAAAGAGGACAACUGGUUUUUUUAUCCUGGUGGAAACAUUGGGCUUUAUUGCCCAUAUUCAUCUAAAGGAGCUCCGGAAGAAGAUUCAGCUAUGGUAUUUGUUUCAAAUGAAGUUGGAGAACACUCUAUCACAACAAGGGACCUGAGUGUGAAUGAAAACACUAUAAUCCAAUUUGAGAUCAACAUUGGCUGCACUACUGAUAGCUCCUCUGCUGAUCCAGUAAAGCUGGAGUUCUCUCGAGAUCUGGGGGCGACCUGGCACCUGCUGCUCCCCUUGUGCUACAGCAGCAGCAGCCACUUAAGCUCCCUGUGCUCCACUGAGCAUCACCCAAGCAGCACUUACUACACAGGCACUACCCAGGGCUGGAGAAGGGAAGUCAUUCACUUUGGAAAACUACACCUCUGUGGGUUGGCAAGGUUCAGGUGGUACCAAGGAUUUUACCCUGCUGGAUCCCAGCCGGUGACUUGGGCCAUUGACAAUGUGUACAUUGGCCCGCAGUGCGAGGAGAUGUGCAACGGGCACGGCAGCUGUAUCAACGGCACAAGGUGCAUCUGUGACCCUGGGUACUCUGGGCCAACCUGCAAAAUAAGUACCAGGAACUCUGACUUCCUUAAGGAUGAUUUUGAAGGUCAGCUAGAAUCGGAUAGAUUCCUGCUUGUGAGUGGUGGAAAACCAUCAAGGAAAUGUGGUAUCAUGUCUGGAGGAAACAACCUUUUCUUUAAUGAAGAAGGCUUACGUAUGCUGAUGACUCGAGACCUAGAUUUAUCACAAGCCAGAUUUGUGCAGUUCUUCAUGAGACUGGGAUGCGGCAAGGGGGUGCCAGACCCCAGGAGCCAGCCUGUGCUGCUGCAAUAUUCACUCAACGGGGGCCUCACAUGGAGUCUUCUCCAGGAGUUUCUCUUCAGUAACUCCAGCAACGUAGGAAGAUACAUUGCCCUGGAAAUUCCCCUGAAGGCCCGCUCCAGCUCCACUCGGCUUCGCUGGUGGCAACCAUCAGAGAACGGGCAUUUCUACAGUCCCUGGGUGAUUGACCAGAUUCUUAUUGGAGGAAACAUCUCUGGCAAUACAGUAUUAGAAGAUGAUUUCACCACCCUGGAUAGUAGAAAGUGGCUGCUUCAUCCUGGUGGCACAAAGAUGCCAGUCUGUGGCUCUACUGGGGAUGCUCUAGUCUUUAUCGAGAAGGCUAGCACCCGCUAUGUUGUCACCACUGACAUUGUUGUCAAUGAAGAUUCUUUCUUGCAAAUAGAUUUUGCAGCAUCCUGCUCUGUCACAGACUCCUGUUAUGCUAUUGAACUGGAAUAUUCAGUGGACCUUGGGCUGACCUGGCACCCUAUUUUGAGAGACUGUCUUCCCACUAAUGUGGAAUGCAACAAGUACCAUCUCCAGAGAAUUCUCAUCUCAGAUACUUUCAACAAGUGGACCCGGGUUACUUUGCCUCUGCCUCCCUAUACUAGGUCUCAAGCCACUCGUUUCCGCUGGCACCAGCCUGCUCCUUUUGACAAGCAGCAAACAUGGGCCAUUGACAACGUCUACAUUGGGGAUGGCUGCAUAGACAUGUGCAGCGGCCAUGGGAAGUGCACACAAGACAACUGUGUCUGCGAUGAGCACUGGGGUGGGCUGUACUGUGACGAGCCAGAGACUCCCCUUCCCACACAGCUGAAAGACAACUUCAACCGCUCACCAUCGAACCAGAACUGGCUGACGGUGAACGGGGGCAAACUGAGCACGGUCUGCGGCGCCGUGGCCUCUGGGAUGGCCCUUCACUUCAGCGGGGGCUGCAGCCGUAUGUUAGUUACAGUGGACUUGAACCUCACCAGUGCAGAAUUCAUCCAGUUUUAUUUCAUGUACGGAUGUCUGAUCACUCCCAACAACCGCAACCAAGGAGUGCUGCUGGAGUAUUCUGUGAAUGGUGGAAUCACCUGGAGCCUCUUAAUGGAAAUUUUCUAUGAUCAAUUCAGCAAGCCAGGCUUUGUGAACAUCCUCCUUCCCUACGACGCCAAAAGCAUCGGGACGCGCUUCCGCUGGUGGCAGCCCAAGCAUGACGGCCUGGACCAGAACGACUGGGCUAUCGACAACGUGCUGAUCUCCGGCUCAGCUGACCAGAGGACGGUGAUGCUCGACACCUUCAGCAGCGCUCCCCUGCCGCAGCACGAGCGCUCCCCUGCUGAUGCCGGGCCCACCGGCAGGAUCGCCUUCGACAUGUUUGUAGAGGACAAAACUACAGUGAAUGAACACUGGUUAUUCCAUGAUGACUGCUCAAUUGAGAGAUUUUGUGAUUCUCCUGAUGGUGUCAUGAUCUGUGGGAGCCAUGACGGCAGAGAGGUCUACGCAGUCACACACGACCUGACUCCUACAGAAGGAUGGAUUAUGCAGUUCAAGGUUUCUGUUGGAUGUAAAACCUCAGAAAAACUUGCACAAAAUCAGGUCCAUGUGCAGUAUUCCACUGACUUUGGUGUUAGCUGGAGUUACUUGGUACCUCAGUGUUUACCAGCUGAUCCAAAGUGUUCUGGGAGUGUUUCACAGCCAUCUGUCUUCUUUCCCACAAAAGGAUGGAAAAGAGUAACUUACUCACUGCCUGAAAAUCUUGUGGGCAAUCCCGUCAGGUUUCGGUUCUACCAGAAGUAUUCAGAUAUGCAGUGGGCCAUCGAUAAUUUCUAUCUGGGCCCUGGUUGUCUGGAAAACUGUAGAGGCCAUGGAGACUGCUUGAAUGAGCAAUGCAUCUGUGAUCCUGGAUAUUCAGGUCCAAACUGCUAUCUGACCCAAACGCUGAAGACUUUCCUGAAAGAGCGCUUUGACAAUGAAGAAAUUAAACCAGAUUUAUGGAUGUCCUUAGAAGGUGGAAAUACCUGUACCGAGUGUGGGAUUCUCGCAGAAGACACAACUCUGUAUUUCGGAGGUGCAACUGUGAGGCAGGCUGUGACUCAAGAUCUGGACCUGCGAGGAGCAAAAUUUCUGCAGUACUGGGGGAGAAUUGGGAGUGAAAACAACAUGACAACAUGCCACAGACCAACUUGCAGAAAGGAAGGAGUGCUGCUCGACUAUUCCAUUGAUGGGGGGAUUUCCUGGACUUUGCUUCAUGAGAUGGAUUACCAAAAAUAUAUCUCAGUCAGGCAUGACUACAUCCUUCUCCCUGAACACGCUCUGACCAACACGACCCGCCUGCGCUGGUGGCAGCCGUUUACCAUCAGCAACGGGAUCGUGGUUCCGGGCCCCGACCGGGCGCAGUGGGCACUGGAUAACAUCCUGAUUGGAGGAGCAGAGAUCAACCCCAGCCAACUGGUAGAUACGUUUGAUGAUGAAGGCACGUCUCAUGAAGAAAACUGGAGUUUUUACCCUAAUGCAGUAAGGACUGCAGGGUUCUGUGGAAAUCCAUCAUUCCAUCUCUACUGGCCAAAUAAGAAAAAGGACAAAACACACAACAUCCUGUCCUCCAGGGAGCUCAUUAUACAGCCAGGAUACAUGAUGCAGUUUAAAAUUGUGGUUGGCUGUGAGGCAAAUUCUUGUGGGGACCUCCACUCUGUGAUGCUGGAGUAUACAAAGGAUGCCAGGACAGACUCAUGGCAGCUCGUCCAGACACACUGUCUUCCUUCCUCAUCUAAUAGCAUCGGCUGCUCCCCAUUUCAAUUCCAUGAAGCUACCAUCUAUAACUCUGUCAACAGCUCCAUGUGGAGAAGAAUAACUAUCCAGCUGCCUGAUCAUGUCUCAUCCAGUGCAACUCAGUUCAGGUGGAUUCAGAAGGGAGAAGAACUAGAGAAACAAAGCUGGGCAAUCGACCACGUGUACAUCGGGGAAGCGUGCCCUAAGCUCUGCAGCGGCCGCGGAUAUUGCACGACUGGAGCCAUUUGCAUUUGUGAUGAAGGAUAUCAAGGUGAUGACUGCUCUGUUUUUAGCCAUGACCUCCCCAGUUAUAUUAAAGAUAAUUUUGAAUCUGAAAGAGUCACCGAAAUAAACUGGGAAACCAUUCAGGGAGGAGUGAUAGGGAAUGGAUGUGGACAGCUGGCACCCUAUGCCCAUGGAGACUCACUCUAUUUUAAUGGAUGUCAAAUUCGACAAGCUGUGACUAAGCCUCUGGAUCUCACCCGAGCAAGCAAAAUCAUGUUUGUUUUGCAAAUUGGAAGUAUUCCACAAACAGACAGUUGCAAUACCAAUCUGAGUGAUCCAAACACUGUAGACAAGGCAGUGCUCCUCCAAUACAGUGUAAAUAAUGGAAUUACAUGGCAAGUAAUUGCACAGCAUCAGCCAAAGGACUUUAUACAAGCCCAAAGAGUGUCUUAUAAUGUUCCCCUGGAGGCACGAAUGAAAGGAGUCUUACUGCGCUGGUGGCAGCCCCGUCACAAUGGAACAGGUCAUGAUCAGUGGGCUUUGGACCACGUAGAAGUCGUCCUCACUCGCAAACAAAAUUACAUGAUGAAUUUUUCACGGCAACAUGGGCUCAGGCAUUUCUACAACAGAAGACGAAGGUCACUUAGACGAUAUCCAUGAAGAAAUGAGAAAUUUAUUUUUUUCCUCCCAACAUGUGAUGUGUUGCUUUCCAUUCUUUAAAUCUAGCACUGCGUCUGGUAUCAGGACUUUUCUGCAAUUGGCUUGAUGAAUAACUGAAAGCCUUUCUCAAGACAGAGUGUACACCACUUUUUUCGCACUGUGAACUAAUGAGAAGUGACUUAUUUUCUCAUAGGUAAAUGUUUUAAUGUUGACGUGUCUGUGAAAAUUGUGAUCUGUUGUAAUAUCAGUUACGGUGGCAGUAUUGGAAGUAAGCAACUAAUUCUGUUUAACAGGAAAAAAAGUUUAAGCACAAAGACUUUUUCAGAUUUUAUGUUUUAAAAAAAAAAACCCCUCACAUACUCAGUACAGAAUUUUAACAUUCUUUGUCACAUAGGUAUUUAAGUGCACUGUAUUUCAGCUCCAUGUCAUUUUAUAUGAUUAAGUUAUCAUUGUUUGUCCUCUUUGUAUUCUCUUCUAAAACAUGACACAUUGGCACUGUAUUUACUUGUUUUGUUGUUGUAAUAUUUUUGCUGCUGAUUUUUGGGCUAUUUACCUUCUGACAAAAUGUAUCAAAAAAGAAAAAAUCAAAGUACCUAAUCAAGAAGAUAAUUGCAAAAGUAGUCAUAAAGUCAUUGAUAUCCUUCAGUCUUAUUCUUCGAUAUGUCUGUUGGUUAGCAUUGUUUUGUGGAUAAACGAAGAACGCUUGACAUUAAACUUUUUUCUACUAAGGAGUUGUGGAUGAUGCCCCAAACAGAAGCUCCCCUAAAUGUAGUCAGUUCUCUGCAACUGAUUUACUUACAGUAACUGCCAUUUGGUGUCUGUAGUAAUGAAGUGAUUUGUAAACAGUGAACGUUUCAUCGUGUUCUCUUUGGUGUUUGUUUCUAUUGCGGGUCAUGUUUGUAUCUUCUGAUAAAGUUGUAUCUACACCAGCAACGUUAUAAUGCCCCUACAGCCCUAAACUGUCUAUUAUCGUAAAUAAAA